AUGGCAAGAGACGUGACGGACACAGUGUAUUUGAUUCCGCGCGGUGACACAACCACCAGCUGGUGGGUGUCUGGCACCGCUAUGACCAUGGUGGCAGUGGCCACGGUCAGCGGCAACGUGUCUGUGGUGGGAGCACUGUGGCGCCUGCGAAGAACCCCCCUCCACUAUCCCCUCAUCAGCCUGGUGGUGGCUGACUCUCUUGUUGGCAUCGCUGUGCUGCCCAUUGCUGCUGCGAGAGAACUCUUUGUUUUCCAUUUACCGCGUUUCGUGUGUGCAUUCUGGAGCACAAUGGAUGUCCUCUGCUGUACAGCAUCCAUCCUUUCACUGUGCGCUCUUGGAUGGGAGAGAUGGUGCGGCAUCACUACUCCACUAGCCAGAGCCAAGAGACAUCGCAUCGCCAGACGUCUUGCUUAUCUAGUCUGGCCAAUAGCGACUGCUGUGGCUUUGCCAACUGCGUUCAUACCUUCGCCACGACACUUCCAUCCGGGAGAGCUGGCUAAAGCCUGUACUGUUAAUACUAAUAUAGGAUAUGUCUUCUUCAGCAUUACACUUUCCUUCUACAUUCCUGCUGUAAUGAUGGGAGUCAUGUAUGGCUUUAUUCUGAAGGCUUUGGCCACCCCUCCACCAGUUCGGAUGCAUCGAGGGAGAAUUGCAAAUCCAGAGAAACAGGUUCGGAGGGAGCAACACAUGUCGCGACAAAAACGCGCCACACGCACAAUUAUAAUGUUGAUGGCUUUGUUCCUCGUGUGCUGGACGCCGUUCUUCGUCAUGUUGCCUAUAGACUCAUUAUUCGACUGCGUUUCGGAUACUGCAUGGCAAUGGUGUACGUGGCUUGGAUAUUUAAACUCUUCACUAAACCCUAUCGUGUACGCUGCUGCGUCACCCACCGUGCGUCGCGUCAUCCGAGCGUCUUUCUCGGGGAGAAGCUCCAGAAACGACUUGCCGAUGACGCCUUGUGCGAGGCGAACCUAA